CAGUGGGAGGAGCGUUCAUGAGGAUCAGUGCGGUUUCACCUAUGUGUGUGUGUGUGUGUGUGUGGGGUGUGCGCACCGCGGACCAGGUUAAGUCGCUUGGUUACACAUAUAAUACCUCCGCGUGUUAUGAAAGAGGGAAAUUAAGGAGCUGUGACCAAGAGCGACUCGGUUAUUUAUUCCCGAGAGGACAUAUUGAGUGUGUUUGCUUCUGGUUAAACCUGCUGGUCGACGCCGCUCAAACUGCUGUGCGCGUUUACCGUCCAACCGGAGGAUCCUCCGACGGACAAGAAGGAGUUCCUCGUCUGCUUAGCGCCGCAUCUCUGUUAAAGAUGGUUCAUCAAAGGUUCUCUGUGAUUAUGCUUCCCCCUGUGGUUGUGGUUGCAACCAGUAAGCAGUCAAGAAUGUCCUCCUUCUCCUGCCUAUGACAUGGUUUAACCUGCGUAUGAUCCGGUCACCAUGAUGGCCUCCAUGGUUGCCAAUGGAAACCGAGAUGGGCAGUCUCUGGUCUUGAAAGGGGUGGAUCCAGAGACCUGCAUGAUUGUGUUCAAGAACCACUGGGCUCAGGUGGUGAAGAUCUUAGAAAAGCAUGAUCCCGUGCGCAGCAGCUCCACCCUGCCCUCCCUGAGUGUCAUCAACCUAAGCGCUGGCUUUAGCGGCGGCCAUCGUUUCGGCCCCGUCCCCGGAGACGAGGCGAGCGCGGUGCAGAACUAUGUGGAGCACAUGCUGUUCCUGCUGAUGGAGGAGGAUAGCGGUCAGGCCGGCGCCAUGGGCCCCAUCCUAGAGUUUGUAGUGAUGGAGAACGUGAUGGAGCGCCUCUUUGUGUGGAGCCUCCGCAGAGAGUUCACAGACGACAUGAAGCUGGAGCAGCUAAAGAUGUACGAGAUGCUGGUGGGCCAGGCGCAGCAGCCCCUGCUGCACCACAAGCCCAUCCUGCGUCCGCUCAUGAUGCUGCUGUCGUCCUGCUCGGGCACCACGGCGCCGCAGGUGGAAGCCGAGCUGGUGCUGCUGCUCAACCUGCUUUGCUGCGUGCUGGCAAAGGACCCUUCGAUUCUGGAGCUGUUUUUCCACACCAGCGAGGAUCAGGGAGCCACCAACUUCCUCAUCUUCUCCCUGCUCAUCCCCUUCAUACACAGAGAGGGCACAGUGGGCCAGCAGGCCAGAGAUGCACUGCUGCUCAUCAUGUCGUUGUCUGCUGAGAACGAGCGAGUGGCCAAGCACAUCGCGGAGAACACCUACUUCUGUCCGGUGCUGGCCACAGGGCUGAGCGGCCUCUACUCGUCUCUGCCCAUGAAGCUGGAGGUUCCCAGUGAGGAGUGGCACUGCCUGCACAGAGACGACUGGCUCCAGAUGCCGUCCCUCGUCCAGUUUCUCAACUCGCUGGAGUUCUGCAAUGCUGUCAUUCAGGUGGCCCACCCGGAUAUCAGAGACCAGCUAGUUGGCUACAUCUACAACGGAUUCCUCGUGCCUGUCCUAGCACCAGCUCUCCACAAGCUCACCCUGGAGGAGGUGAUGACCACCACAGCAUACCUCGACCUCUUCCUGAAGACCGUGUCUGAGCCGGCCCUGCUGCAGACUUUCCUCUCCUUCAUCCUCCUCCACCAACAUGAGAGCGUCCACAUUUUGGAUACUCUGGUCAGCCGCAUCAACACCCCCUUCCAGUUGGGCACUGUGUCACUGGCACUCUUCCGCACUCUCAUUGGCUUAUACUGUGAAGAUGUGAUGCUGCAGCUCAUCUUGAGGUACCUGAUCCCCUGUAACCACAUGAUGUUGAGUCAGAGACGUGUUGUUGGAGAGAGGGACUGCUACUCUGUGUCAACAGCCAAGAUCCUGGCGCUAACGCCGUCCUGCUGCUCUCCUGAUCACAGCCCCCCGCCCCUCCGGCAGCUGGACUCCAUCCUCUUUUCCAAGGGUGCAGAGACUCCCAACAACACCAGCGCCACGGAGGAGAAUGAGAGCUUCUUAGAAGAGGAUGACGGCUCAGGUAACUCUUGCACCAUCGGCUCAGAAGUCUACCUGGAUGUCAGUUAUCUUCAUUACCUCUACGACGCCCGGCUGAGCAUCAGCAGAUGCAUACGGGCCUGUCAGGUUUGGUCAGCCCCGUACGAUGGCGAGAACCCCCCUCCUGAGAAAUACCAGCCCGGCGUCCUUGAGGAGCCGGGGCUGAAGAGUCGGCAAACCCAGAUGGCUUUCAAGAGAGUUCCACUGCCGCCAGCGCCUCGCCCUCGCCCGCCGCCCAAUACAGAGCCGCCCUCUAUCACCCAGCUGGAGCUGGAGUGGGAUGAUACUUACGAUGCGUGCCCGAUGCAGACCGCUGAGGCUCCUGUGGAGAGGAAACCUCCACAGGAGCCUCUUGCUGAGCCUCCAAAGCACAUCCAAGAGAUGAGGAAAACAGCCACCAUGUUGGUAAAAGGCUCAUAUAUUGAGGAAAAUGAGUUCCAGGACGACGUCAAGGUAUACGAUCUUGUUGCCAAGACAGACGCCAGAGAGGUCGAGCACGGUAAGAAAAAAUCCAACGGGUCUGAAUCAGAAGAAACCCAACCAGGCUCAGCAGAAGUUCCCCUAAAGAACGGACUCAGUCUAACACCUCCAACCCCUGUGAUGGCUGAUAAGAACAGCUUGGACACAAAGGGCAAAGGUCAGACGGAUUGUAAUUCCCACCUCCAAAACGCCACACAUGCCGAGUCGGGUGAUGACCUUUUGGCUCAGUAUGAGGAGCUCCUUCGUACGUUGGACACUGAAGCGGGUAAAAAAUAUGUCAAACCUGAAGGAGAGUUGAAGAAGGCUGUCACCACUGCAAGGGAGGCGGAGGAAGAAGAGGAAGAGGAGGAGAUGGAUUUCACCGCCUUCUCUGCUGAGACACCAGAGCCAGAGAAACUGCAUUCACCAUUUGGGGUCAAGUUUGGCGGCGGAAGUGCAAGUAGAAGCCAGUCGGCACCUUUUACUGGUCCGUUUGUCAGUGUGCUGUUGUCUCGUCUGGAGAACAUGCCGUCUAACUCGCUUCACGUCAACCUGCUGUUGACGGGCAUCCUGGCCCAGCUGGCGGCCUACCCUCAGCCUCUCCUGCGCUCCUUCCUCCUCAACACCAACUUGGUCUUUCAGCCGACCGUUCGCUCCCUUUACCAGGUACUGGCCAUUGUGAAGAACCAGAUAGAAGAGCAGGCUGCCACCAGAAAAGACUUUCCAGAGCUGAUCAUUGCCGCCCAACACUGGCUGCUGGCCAGGGAGACUUCAUUCAUGGCAACGGACACCAGCGGCAGCAGACGCUCCACCCACGGCGAGGCGGGAAGGAUGUUGAAGAAUUCUCCGACGCCUAAACCCAAAGCCAUCUCUCUGGAUCGGACAGAAGUCUUCGCUACCGUCCUCUUCACGGAGUUCCUCAAAGAACUGGCUGCCAUUGCACAAGAGCACUCCAUCUUAUCGUACAUUCCUAUGGAAGAGUGAUCGUGUCCCAAUAGAUUCUGUAAAGUUGUGCGGAAGCCAAGACGGAGUCCCGAACUUUGACCUGUUUUCUGAAACCUUCACCAGCCGAUAAUGAGCUCCAGGUGCUCCAACCAAAGACUGGAGAGAGAGAGAGAGAGAGAAUAUUUUAAAGCAAUCAUCAGCUCUUAUCUGAACUUUAUGAAUGUCUUCUCCAACCACAGCUAGAAGUCCGCUGCUCAGUGCGGUUCUGUUGAACACUCAGGUUGCCUUUCUGGAUAGUUUUGGCCUCUUUGCCAUAGGAUUACACAAAACACCUGAGCACCACUUGGAGCCUCUGUCGCUUUCAGAAGGCGAGCCUUUGAAUUAGCAGCAUAAAAAUGUAAUUUGACGAUUUUAACUUUUGUAACCGACCGGCAGCAGGAUCAUCACACGUGCAAACUUUGUUCUUAUGCAACUGUUACCAAACAGGCGGCUCACUUUGGUCUUCAAACUUGUCGGUGUUUGCACAAAGUCUUCGUGUGUUUAGGUGUACAUUUGUUUUUCUGAUAAUUCACGACGGUACCUCAGGAGUCUAUUUGAUGCACGUUCUGUUCUCGCAGUUCUUAAACAGCCUUUGGCUCGAGCAAUUUUCCUUCACUGCACUAGUUCCUCACAUGUUCUCCAGACCAGAGCACCAAAACCAGAGUUUUCAAUAUAUAUUUAAUUUGCCUUACUUUAGUGAUGCUUUAUAAUGUAAAUAUUGUAGGGAAGAAAAUGAUAAUGACACAUAAACACUAUGCAAAUCAAGGAUAUUGUGGGUGCAAUUUAAGUUUUGGAUAUUUUCUCAAUGGGAAGGGGUAUUUAAGAGUUUCUAUUGCCACUAGAGGGUACUUGUUAUAGUUUGUCAUCAUCUUGUAUUUAGGGAUAGUGUAGGGUUUUGUAGUUGAGAUAAGUCUGAAAUAUCACUGUUGUUUUGCAUCUGUUGAAAACAUCUCACGUUGUAACGGUUUCAAAGGGCAAACUGUUGUAAACCGCCUUUAUUUUAGUCCAUGUAUUUCACAUGUUUGUUAAAAUGAGAUGAUACAAGAGAUAUAUUUUGUUACAAAGCAUGCCUCUGCUGUCUAAAUGAAUUUGCCAGGACAGAAAUACUUCAUAAUUAGUGCCUAAAUUAGGAUUUUAGUUCACACUACUGCCUGAUUUUGAAUGGAUUUACACAGGAAUUAUUUUUUUUUUACUUGAAGCUGUCCAUUGUCAAAGUGUAAAGGAAGAAAGGGACGGAAGACGUUCAAAAUAUAUUGUUUACUGAUGCCUUGUGUUUAAUAUUAAUAUAACUCCACAGAAGACACUAACACCGCUUCCAAGAAUAAAUGCAUUUCUUGUUUUCUAGAAGUAAAAAAACUUGAUAAAAAGAUGCAGUUAAUAUAAUGUUGACAUUUACCCGGGUAAUAUUUGAGAUUUAUUUUAAUUUGAUGUCAGAAUGAUUAGAAUAGUUUAUUUAGGGCAGAUCUUUUCAGACAAUGGACUGCUUCAAUAAGCUAAACAAAUGUACUUUUGUACAAAUCAUUAGCACAUCUGAUCUCAUAAAUUCAGUUUAUAAGACUAAUCAUUGUGUUUUAACUUUAGUUUUAAAUCUGGAUUGUGUGUUUUUUAUUCCUUUUUUAAAUCCAUUCAGUUUCUACUUGAGGCAGUAAAUAAUGCAGUGGGAUCUUUGUGCUCUUUUCUUUUUCAGAAAUGGCUUGGAAGUGUAUAUUUGUAUCAAUCAAAGCCAUUUUCAGAGUUGUUGAAUAAGUAUUGCUCUCUGGUUAAAAAAAAAAGAAUGUUGCUGAGCACUUUAUCAGCCUUUUCAUACUACAGUGUCACUCUGGCACCUCAAACAGCACCGAUUCAUUCAGUCUGUGUAACAAACCCAGCACAGACUAACAAUCACUGCUUCGGCAGCAUUGUGGCAUGAAGACCGAUAACAUAAUAAACCAUUUUCUGUCUCAGUGGGUUCUUAUUCCAAAGAUUCAUCCUUUCUGGCAACAUUUGGCCUCAAGUUUUCUGUCCAAGAUGUGAUCAGGUUGCUGUUUGUUGCUGAUGUCUGAGACACAAAAGCAUGCCUCCUUUUAAUAAAGUCAACUUCUGGUAAAUGAAA